CGAAACCCGGACAAGCACCGGUGCCGCUUCUGUCCUUACUCAUGUCCUUCUGCAGCGGUUAUCGCCAUCCACGAGAGGACUCACACUGGAGAGAGGCCCUUCAGUUGCGAUGUUUGCGAGAAAACGUUCACGGAUAAGUCUAACUUGAAGGCUCACGUUAGAACUCACACCGGAGAGAAGCCGUUCAAGUGCAACACGUGCAGCAGGGCAUUUAUUCAGAAAUGCAUCUUAACUAAUCAUGAGAGGACUCACACGGGAGAGAAGCCGUUCAAGUGCAACACGUGUAGCAGGGCAUUCACUCAGAAAACCCAUUUGGCGAUUCAUGAGAGGACUCACACGGGAGAGAAGCCGUUCAAGUGCAACACGUGUAGCAGGGCGUUUACUCAGAAAUGCGAUUUGACGAAGCAUGUGAGGACUCACACCGGAGAGAAGCCGUACAGGUGCAACACGUGCAGCAGGGCGUUCACUCAGAAAACCCAUUUGGCGGAUCACGAAAGAAUUCACACUGGAGAGAAGCCGUUCAAGUGCAACACGUGUAGCAGGGCGUUUAGUCAUAAAUGCAGUUUGGCGGUUCAUGAGACGACUCACACAGGAGAGAAGCCGUUCAAGUGCUAGACCUGCAGUAGAGCGUUUGCGGCUUAUAGCAAUGUACACACUCAUCGGAAGAUACAUCGCAAGUGAUCGAAACAGCAACGUGCAUCAUAGUUGCGGAGGGGAUUUAAACGAAAUACUCGAGCACCGACGUGUGUUCAUUUGGCUUGGCGAUAGACCUGCAGCGGUUCUACUUGCGAGCAGUGUCUGUUUCGCUGGUUCAAAAUGUUUCAGCCUGUUAUUUAUCGAGCAAACGCAGAUAAAAAAUGUGAAUUUACCUUAGUUGAAGCGACCAGAGGUCUUUUUUGUACACGAAAAAAAGAAAAUAUUUGAAGCCUUAUCUUUUUUUAUUCAUUUAAAGUCAUUAAUGGCGUGAUGCACCUGGAGUCUGUGUUGUCUGUAGGGUCACUUAUGUUCCUUACAAGUCGG